CCCAAUGGAUUUUGCAGUGGCGCAGGAUGAGACUAGUACACAUGGCUACAACGAAUCCCUUUGGGAACUGUCUUUACUUCUAUUCUCCGGCAUAUCCCAGCUAUCCCAGCCGCAGGCAGUGACAGAUGUCCCUCCUGAAAAUCAGCGCGUCCGAGAUGCGCUUACAAAGUUCUACCUCUGGGGAGAUGGACUCCGCAAUGGCAAGCUUGAAGAUAUUCUGUUUGAAUCCGAGUUCCUUCGAGUGUCAAUCACCAAGAGCUUGUUGGCUAUAGGAACAAAUUUGCUCGAAUGGGUUCCAGAAUCACCACGGUCGCGUACACAGUUUUUUGAUGCUUUCAACAGCCAACGGGAGGCCUUGGGAAAAAUUGUAACGACCCUGGGACCAGAGUAUGGAUCACAGGAUGACGAAAAUGAUGAAGAGAUUGAUGACAGCAGCUCCGUCACCUCUAGUGGUAGUGGAAGAGACAUCCUUGAUGAUAUCAUCUUUUAUAUAGAACUAUUAAUGGCACAGGUUCCCUCCUUGGAGCAUGUCAAUGAUCAAAUGCGCCAGCAAAUGCGGCAAGGGUCAAUUACGUCUUCUGAAACCUCAGUUGGUGUUUCCCAGAUAUCACAGGAGAAGGGAAAUUCCAGUGAAGAUCAUCUAGGCAGGGCCUCUCAGUUGAACAUCCUCGGAAAGUGGUUUCGGGAACGAUUCGAGCGGAUUGGAUCGAUGGACGACCUCAACCGUGCUGUUGAAAUUGCACAGAGGGUACUAGAUUGCACGCCUGACGACCACCCUAUUCGAGCCGGUUAUUUAAGCAACCUUAGUAACUGGCUUGGUGCGCGAUUCGAGCGGAUUGGAUCGAUGGACGACCUCAACCGUGCUGUUGAAGUUGUGGAAAAGACACUGGAUUAUACGGCUCUAGACCACCCUGACCGAGCGGAAUCGUUGAAAAGCCUUAGCAACUGGCUUGGUAGACGAUUUGAGCGGACUGGAUCGAUGGGUGAUCUCAAGCGUGGAUUAUCAGUCUACAAGGAAGGCUGGAACUGCCAGACUGCCGCUCCAUCUGGAUUGCUUUGGGAAAAGGUUGUGGAGGACUGCCCUGCUUUUCUGCAGAAUCUGCCCAUUGAGAUGAAGUGCACGGUCCACUUUGUCACACCUGACGAAAAUAUGAGGCACAAUUUCAAAAAAGACUGGGAUCGACUUGAUGGCGACCGAACUUGGCUGAAACUCGAUAUAGAAUGCAAUAUCAGCCCAUUAUUCACGAUUUCUAUCGACAAUAAAGGAGAUUUCAAAAUCCGCGACUGGUCGGGCAACCUAAGCGCGGCCAUCGAAAACGCUCUGAAACCGCUGCCGGCUUCGAACAUAGACAGCAUAAGAACACUCAUACAUCGUCUGGAACACCUCGCGAGGUUCAAAAUGACAAGAGAAUUAGCCAAUCCGGAUUUGCGGACUGACACACCAUCCAAUCUCGUUGUAAUCAGUGCAGGCUCUAUACCUAAGAGCCAGAGCAUAUCAGAACAGUGGUUCCUUCCGGCUGAGAUGGCGGAGCUGGCUUCGGGGGUUUAUGAGGUGCAGGAGAGGGCUGAAUUUUGCAUCACAAUCAAAAAUCAGUCCAGCCAACCCUUGGGUUGUGUGCUCCUGAACUGCCUUCCACAGGUCGGCAUCGAGCAGGUCUUUCCACCAGUCUCUUUACGAGGCGAACCUGCCUAUAUCCUCAACCCCGGAUACGACAAAUCUGUGGUAUUUCGGAUGAUGAUCGCGUCAGAAAUGCGAGUAUCAGCCCUGUGCGGCAUUCCUAUUGUUGAUACAUUAAAAAUUCUUGUACGGCAGACAGGACGGUGACAGUGAAAUGCGGUCUCAGGGCUUUCGAGAUCGCUUAGGCUUCCUCGACACGAAACGGCUCGCAAAAUCUCUUCCGGCUCCCGGUGGCCUGAAAGCCAACUGGGAGACGUUCAACGUGAAAGUGCAAAUCAAGCCGUCCUGUGAAUAGAAACCGCAAUUAAUCUAGUUGAUGAGAUGAAAUGCUGCCGUCAGCAGAUUUGACUUUUAUUGACAUUCCCGAGCAUGAUGCCUAGCUAAAAUCCAUUUUCCCGUCUAGUCAUU